UUGCAUGUCAGGAGCUGGCCUAAAACGAAAUUUAAAAAGAAUAAUGGCAGAACUACCUAAUUUAGGGAAACAUUGCAACUUUGCUAGUUGUAAACAACUCGAUUUCCUGCCAUUUACAUGCGACGGAUGCACAAGAACAUUUUGUUCAGAACAUCGAGUGAAAGAUAUCCAUGGAUGCACUGCAGAAAAUGUAGUAGCAGCAAGUGGAGAAUAUAAGGGAGAGAAGGGCUACUCAUGCAGUGUAGCAGAUUGUAAAAACAGGGAACUAACUCCAAUCUGGUGCAUGAAAUGUCAGCUGUCAUUUUGUUUGAGUCAUCGUCAUGCACAGGACCACCAAUGUAGUAAACUGGGAACAAAUAAAACAGACACAAACAUUUCCAAAACUGCAGAACAUGUCAACAAAAUCUUAGAAACAAAGAAAGCAGCCCCAAAGAAAAGCAAGCCUCUGAAUGCCAAAGCCUCGAAGACAGCAGCGCGGGUGGCAUUGAUGAAGAUGAAGAUGACUGCAGUAGGAGAUGGGAGCUGCCCGGAGGAAGAGAGACUCUAUUUGAAGGUCCUCCCACCUCAGGGCUCAAACACACAAUCGCAAACCAUGUUCUUCUCCAAGGUGUGGAGUGUUGGAAGGGUGAUCGAUAACAUAUCAGACAGACUGAAACUUACAAACAACAACAAUGUGGAAAAUGCCAAGAAGCUGCGUCUGUUCUCCACAUUGACAGGGGACCUGUACCCGACAGACUGUGAUGUAGGCUCCCUCCUGCAGGGGGAGCUCCUGUAUAGCGGCUCCAGUGUCAUCCUGGAGUAUGUGGACAAUGAUUGUACAUGUAUUAGUGAUCUCACGCUGUACAGCGCCAGCUGAUGUCACGUUGCAUCUUGAGAGACUGACUCACGGUGCUUAAUAUGUGAUACAUACCUGUAUAGUACAUGUACCUUAUUACAUGUUUGUGUAAAUUAUAACUUAUUGUAUUAAAGGA